CGGCGUGCUCCGGCCGCGCGUGCGCACGGGCGUUGUCGCGCGCCGGUGGCCGUCAGCGCCGGGCUGCUCGGUACGCGGCCUCCGCCGCCCGUCCCCGCGGGGCCAUGAGGCGAUAGAGCCCGCCGUUCGCCGCCAGCAUGUUCGGCCGCUCCCGGAGCUGGGUGGGCGGCGGGCACGGGAAGGCCGCCCGCAGCAUUCACUCCUUGGACCACCUCAAGUACAUGUAUCACGUCUUGACUAAGAACACAACGGUGACAGACCACAACCGCAAUCUCCUGGUGGAGACCAUUCGUUCUAUAACAGAGAUCCUUAUAUGGGGGGACCAGAAUGACAGCUCGGUGUUUGACUUCUUCUUGGAGAAGAAUAUGUUUGUUUUCUUCUUGAACAUCCUGCGUCAGAAGUCCGGCCGUUACGUGUGCGUGCAGCUGCUGCAGACUCUGAACAUCCUUUUUGAGAACAUCAGUCAUGAAACAUCGCUGUACUACUUGCUGUCUAAUAACUAUGUGAAUUCUAUUAUUGUCCACAAAUUUGACUUUUCUGAUGAGGAGAUUAUGGCGUAUUACAUAUCAUUUUUGAAAACUCUUUCCCUGAAACUCAACAAUCACACUGUGCAUUUCUUUUACAACGAGCACACGAAUGACUUCGCUUUGUACACAGAAGCCAUUAAAUUUUUUAACCACCCAGAAAGCAUGGUCAGGAUUGCAGUUAGGACUAUAACUUUAAACGUCUAUAAAGUGGACAACCAACCUAUGCUGCAUUACAUUAGAGAUAAAACUGCGGUCCCUUAUUUCUCCAACCUUGUCUGGUUUAUUGGGAGCCAUGUGAUUGAACUGGAUAACUGUGUGCAGACUGAUGAAGAGCACAGGAAUAGGGGCAAGCUGAGUGACCUGGUGGCAGAACAUCUCGAUCAUUUGCAUUACCUUAAUGAUAUACUUAUCAUUAAUUGUGAAUUUUUAAAUGAUGUGCUGACAGACCACCUACUUAAUAGGCUCUUUCUUCCCCUUUAUGUGUAUUCAUUAGUAAAUCAGGAUGAGGGUGGAGAACGUCCAAAAAUAAGUCUCCAAGUUUCUCUCUAUCUUCUUUCUCAAGUUUUUCUUAUUAUACAUUAUGCCCCCUUGGUGAAUUCACUGGCUGAGGUUAUACUUAAUGGUGACCUGUCGGUGUUUUCUUCUAAAGUUGAGCAAGAUAUUCAGAAAAACUCAGCGAAGUCAAGUAUCAGAUGUUUCAUAAAACCAACAGAAACACUUGAGAGGUCUCUUGAAAUUAAUAAACAGAAGGGGAAGAAGAGAGUGCAGAAAAGACCCAACUAUAAAAACGUUGGUGAAGAAGAUGAAGAGGAAAGACAAUCUGAAGAUACCCAAGAUGACCUAGAUAAAACUAAAAGUACAGAAGCAAGUUCAAAGGGCAUCAGAACAAGCAGUGAAAAUGAAGAAAUAGAGAUGGUAAUCAUGGAGAGAUGCAAACUCUCAGAAUUGUCCAUCUCUGCUGUGACAGAGCAGAAUACAACAGAUGAAGAAAAGAGUGCUGCUGCCUCUGGAAGUGAGAUAACAAACUGGAACAGGCCUUUUCUUGAUAUGGUCUAUAAUGCGCUGGACUGUGCUGAAGAUGAUUACUACGCCCUCUUUGUGCUCUGUCUUCUGUAUGCGAUGUCGCACAAUAAAGGCAUUGACCCAGUCAAGCUGGAGAGAAUUCAACUUCCUGCUCAACAAGCUGAAGAGAGAAAUUCAUAUAAUCAUGUACUUGCAGAAGGGCUCAUCAGAAUAAUGAAUUAUGCUGCACAGCCAGAUGGAAAAAUCCGUUUGGCAACUCUAGAACUUGGCUGUCUGUUGCUGAAGCAGCUUGUGUUUUCUAAAAAUGGCAGCAUAAUAAAAGAUGUUCACCUUGCAUGCCUUGAGGGUGCCAGAGAAGAAAGCGUUCAUCUCCUUCGCCGUUUCUAUAAGGGAGAAGAAAUUUUUCUGGAUAUGUUUGAAGAUGAAUAUCGGAGUAUGACAAUUAAGCCCAUGAAUGUGGAGUACUUGAUGAUGGAUGCCUCAAUUCUGUUGCCUCCAACAGGAACACCACUGACUGGCAUUGAUUUUGUGAAAAGAUUGCCUUGUGGAGAUGUGGAAAGAACACGAAGAGCGAUCAGAGUUUUCUUUAUGCUUCGUUCGUUAUCAUUGCACUUGCGAGGCGAGCCAGAAACUCAGUUACCACUGACAAGGGAGGAAGAUCUGAUAAAAACAGAUGAUGUUCUCGACUUGAAUAACAGCGAUCUAAUUGCUUGUACGGUCAUGACAAAGGAUGGAGGUCAAGUUCAAAGGUUCCUGGCUGUGGAUAUUUACCAGAUGAGUCUGGUUGAGCCAGAUGUUGCCAGACUUGGUUGGGGAGUAGUUAAGUUUGCAGGCCUUUUACAGGAUAUGCAGGUGACAGGAGUAGAAGAUGAUAGUAGAGCUCUGAACAUUAUAAUUCAUAAGCCUGCCUCAAGUCCUCAUUCUAAGCCCUUCCCUAUCCUUCAAGCUACAUUUGUUUUUUCUGAUCACAUUCGCUGCAUUAUUGCAAAGCAGCGUCUUGCAAAAGGCCGUAUCCAAGCUCGGCGUAUGAAAAUGCAGAGAAUAGCAGCUCUCCUGGAUCUUCCUGUUCAGCCUUCAAAUGAAGUUAUGGGUUUUGGACACAGCUCUGCAGCUGCAUCCCAGCACCUUCCAUUUAGAUUUUAUGAUCAUGCACGACGUGGUAGCAGUGAUCCUACAGUGCAACGUUCUGUUUUUGCAUCUGUUGACAAAGUUCCAGGCUUUGCUGUAGCCCAGUGUAUAAAUCAGCACCAUCCAUCACCGCUCUCAUCACCGUCGCCGUCCAGUGGCAGUGGGAGUACAGGGCGCUGUGAUUCAGUGGCUGCAAGCUCAACUUCCACUCCUUCUGUUGCACAGAGCCCAUCAGGUCUGGCAGGAAAGGACGACGGCGGGUGUUUAGUCUGUCGGAGGCUGACAGUCACGGUGGACACUGGGUUUAGGUCUUCAAGCAGCAGCUGCAACCGAAACUCACGCAAUAUCCAAUCAGAUGACUCUUCAGCUCCAGAGCAGCCCCGCACGACCGUUUCUGGUCAGAUGAUGUUGACUGAUGAAACUCUUUCAGCUGUCUCAAAAUCGAGCAAGAAUGCUGUAAAAAACAGCGACGUAGAAACAGCAAACCUGUCCCCUAGCCUGAUUCCUGCACAGCAGCCCACAAUAUCAUUAAUAUCAGAUGACAAUACAGAUGCACUAAGUGUAGAGUCACUUACACUGGUCCCACCGGUCGAUUCACACAGUAUUCGUACGUUCAGCUGCAUUCCUCAGCCAUCUUUGCAGUCUGAGCUUGAAGUUUGCAAGGUAGAAGAGAGAGAAGAAGAAUGUUCUGACUAAUUCUUCCCACAGACCGUGAUAAACAGUGACGCAAAUUAACCAAAUUCUUCAUUGUUUUUUUUCUUUGGGAGCGCAAGAUAUUUCCUGAAGCAUCAGGGACAUCUGGUCUGCAAGAAGAGGCCCAGUGAUGAAAGAAUGUGGGCAGCUUUUAGAAUAAGCAUCAGAUGUUUGGCAUAUUUAAACUAGGGGGAAAAAAGAAACUGGAUUGGAUAUUUCCCUACCUAUUUCUGUUGUACAAGAGCACUUACUUCCUUCGUGUUAUCAAAUAAAGCUCCAGCUGCAGUAACCUAAUUGUAAAAGACCUACAGUGUUAUGGCAAAGUGAAGAAAUUUUUGGAUACCCGACUUCAAGAUGUUGCAUUGCUACUUCUUUCAAACUGGAGACAUACUGUUCACCAGGAAAAAGUGUAAAUUAUAGUGCAAAGAUUCCGUUUCCAUUUGUUUCAUUGUUGUUUUUUAUUCUGAUCUCAUUCAGCUUUCGGAGGCCUCUACAAUACCAGCAGGCUCGGUCCCUUUCUGUGUUGGAGUCCUGUGAAUACAAAGUUCAAUGCUUUCUUUUCCAUGUGUAAUAUUUAUUUCAAAGUCUAAUUCAAAGCAAGAUACAUCUAAAAAAUAUUUUUUUCAUAAAGUAAAACUCUGAAACUUAAUAUGACAAAUGCUUAGUCACGUUAUUGCAAGGAAUUUUUAAAACAUUUUUAGUCUUUGCUUAACCAGCUACAAAGAUAUGAAAUAUUUUAAUAUCUACUGCUUGUUUGCUCACUUCUGACAGUCAGAUUGCUACACGUCUGAGGAAUGAUGGUAUGAUGAUACCCUUUCUACUGAAGGACAGCUAGAGGCAGACAGAGGCAGUUUUACUCUUCAAGAGGUUUGGGGGGUUUUGUUAUUGGAGGUUUUUCUUGUUGGUUUCUUUUUUGUCUGUUUGUUUGCUUUUCAUCUUCAUGUAGGAAUAAUUCCAGUAAUUAACUUUUCAAGUCUGAAAAUGAAAGGGAAAGCUUUUGUGGUUUUUUUUUUCCUAUCUGAGAGAGUAUCACCAUAGGAAAUUACAGCGUAAAAGUGAUUCUGAGUUUGUUUGCCUUGUUUUGCCUCACAGAUCCUGAUUCUGAUUUGACAGUAAGGAAUGAAGAAAUGUGGAUUAAAGUUUGGAAUGCUCUUUGCUGAUUUUAUACGUGAUUUACCAUGAAUGGUAAAUUUAAGCUUUCUGAUCAAUUUCCAUGCGUAUUAAUUUAAGCUGGUAGAAAAAAGCAGAGUGUCAUUAUUGGUCUGCGUAUUACACUGAGUGCGCUCUGGCUGUCAAACAUUGAAGUCUACUAUAAACUUGCUGGUGUGAUUUCCAUCAUCAGUGCAAUCUGUUUCCUGGUUCUGCCUCUACUAACAUUGAUUUCUUAUCAAAUGAGUGAAUCUGAAAAGUUCUUGCCUCCUUUCCCAUCUUAAUGUACCUCUUCCUUGCUGUCAGGUGGAAUACUUGAAUUGAUUUAUAUAUUAUAUUUAUGAUAUUUAAUAAUCCAUGAGUGUAUCUUGACUCGCUUUUCCAUCUUUUCCUUUGAGUAAUAAUUUAAACUUUGUAAAACAUGUAUACAAGAUGCCUGCUAUUGAAAAACAGCAUUUUUUAAUUCCCUUGUUAGCUUUUUGCAUGCAGUUUUAUUGAUUUCUAGUUUUCUGUGGCUUCUAUUUUGUCUCAGAUUGAACCAGCAAAUAUUCUGACCAUUCCAGAGUGGCACGAACUCUAAAAUGAAAUCAGAGAAUUAGGUGUUCUUAACACUGCUAUGGGUGUAUGAUGGUGGGAAUUUGGCCUUGCUGGAGCAAGAGGCCAUGAUUUUGGGUUUAGCUUUUUUCCACGUGCUUAGGGUAGGUUUAUACUGCAGUCACUGUUGUGGCUAAUGUACGUGUAUCUGAACAAGUAGCAAUUUGGGCAGAAGGACCACAUAAAUAAUUUUUUAUUAGCUAAAUUUCCUGCAGUCUAGACUUCCUCCACUGUGUUGCAGCAUUACACUGUAGCCCCAGUAAUAUUCUGAAGAUCAUUAUAAAAAAUGAUGCCUUAAUUGGAAAGCAUUUUAUGUUAGCUGUUAACCUUAACUCUUGACCUGGAUUACAGAAAAUGCCACUGUGCGGGCUGAGUUCCCCUAAAUAGUAUUAAUUCUAGACAGGAAAACCUUGAUCUUUAUUUAUCUAAUUUAAAAUUCAGUUCUAGCAAGAUUAGGACCAUGCACAGGGGGACUUUUAACGGACAUGCAUAAUCUCAGCCUUGAGCCACACUGCACAAGAAAUGAUGAAAGAAAGGUGACUUUGUGCUUUUCAUUGCCUUGGAGUGGCUUUUCAAUCCCACGACCAAUUGUUUCCUGUGAAGCUCUCAGUAGACAACUGAGGUACUGUUAUUAGGAAAGUAUUAAUGGGUAUGUGUGUACAGGGUACGCUUCACGCUGCAGUACAAGACUUGAUAAUGUACAAGCUCUGGAGAUGCUGAAAUACGUGAUCUGGCAAUCUUAUCUCCAUGAGUAUGUUGUUACUAAUCUACAGUUCCUCGAAGAGUAUCGUAUCUGUCUCUAUCUUAUCAGAAAAACUCAAAGGCUAUUUCCUUAUCCUCAUUUCAGUGUAAAAAGGAAACUCGACCAAGAAAGCAUUAGCACAUCAGCCACAAAUACAUUUUCUUCUAAAACACAAGUUGAUGUGAGUCAGUGUAGCAUCACUCAGUUCAACCAAAUCCAAACUGCAAGUUGCAAAUGAGAGCAGCAGCUAAAUUGCUGACUGUUCUAAAGGCUCGCUCUUUUGGUGCAGUACUGCAGGCAAAAGGGGAGAAAAUGAGACAAAUGCUGAUAUGUUGUGAGGUGGUAAAUUCUCAGUGUGUUUUGUAGAGGCUGUGCCUAUCUUGAGCCAUAUUCUGAUAACAUAAAACAACUCGAUUAUUCUUUUCCUUUUGAGAAGAGACACCAAAGACAACAAGGCAUGCUGAAUGUUGCUUUAUUAUGUCGUGGUCUGUGUCGCAUUGUACUGAAUUUUACAGGAUGCCAGUUGCUCUAUCUGUUGCUGUCACUGCUCAGUCUCGGAGCCCCUUGCAGGUCUUGUUUUUCUGUCACCCAGUGGGCAGCACUGGACAAGGCUCUGGCUUUUCCUCUGCCACAGUGGCAGCAUGCAUUUGGUAAAGAAGAGCGUGGUCAGUUCCAGUGUCUGCCUCACUACUGGGUGAUGCUUGUAGUGUAAGACUUGUGUACCGUAAUUUCUUCCUUUUUGAAAUUCUUGGAUGUAGGAAGAAACCAAACAUUUUGCUUUCUGCCCUGUUUUUCACAAUCUAUAUGGGCUAAAACAAAUUGACUAGAAAUGCAGUCAUAUGUAUUAAUACUGGAGGCUGUACUUCAUGUGAAGUCAUUAUUUGUGCUGCAAAGAUUGUGCUCAUUCGUGUUCUUCAUAGCUAACUCAUAAAGUGAUUCUAUGAAUUCAUGAUGAACUGAAAUUCUGACUUCUGGUCCUUAAAUUAAGCUAACCUUAUAAACUUACACCUGUUAAACAAACUCCUUAAUGUUCUUUACUUUGUAGCACAGCUGGAAUUUUCUGUGAAGUCAUUUGUUGAGAAAAAAAUCAGUAAUAUCUUCCAGAAUUGAAGUUCUCUUCAAUUCUCAAGUUCAGUUCUCUUCAAUUCUCAAGUUCUCUUCUGAAAUAUUCUUGCUAAACUAUGGACAUAUGGCAUUUAAAAACCCUUCUUCCUUCUCUGGAAUUUAAGACUCAGGGUUGGUUGGCAUUCAGAGUUUAGUCAAUGUCCAGUAAUUCAUAGAAACCCUUUGUCCCAUACUGACUGAAUACAGAGGGAAAUAAUGUUCUUCUGUGGAUUUGAAGUAUCCUUCUGUGCAAAAUUUUAAAAAUUGAUGGUUAAAAUAGUCUAUAGCAACAUCAGCAAUUGUUAGGCUUGAAGCUUCUGUGAUUUUUUUCUUAUUAAGCAGUAAGACGUGUAGCUGUAAUUGUCAUGCUUACAACAAGGGACCUUGGAUGUUUCCUGAUUAAGGAGCUCAGUAAUUGCCCUGCAGCUGAGUGUCGUUCUGCUAGUAGGAAAUGGGUUUCUUUUUCUCCUGAAGUAAAUGAAACAUAAAAUUCUCUGCUUGAAGCCAUAGGGAAACUAUGAGACAAGCAGGUUGAGCUCUUCAUGUGUGAAGCCACUUCGUGGAAGUUGACACAAGACUUGAAUCGCAUGGUGCUGCUGGUGCUCGAGUGUAAGCGGUCGCUCUUUUGCUGCACAGGUGUCAGAGGUAAAUACAGAAUAGCCUAAUGAAUAGUUUUGCUGAAGUGUAUGUCCUACUCUUGCAAAAGAAAAAAAAAAUCACGCUAAGUAUUCAGACACCAUCCUCACUAUCCAGCUCAAGUCUUCACUAGGCAGGUAGUGCUAUAUGGAGAUCUGCUUUGACAAGAACAUUGUGCUUACAAGUGUCAUCUAGGAAGCUUCACGUUCUAGUCUUAGGGCUGAGUGAAAGAUUCAGAAAGAGAUCAGAUUGGGGCAUCGUGGAGAUAUGGGCAUUUUCCCUCAAAAGUGAUAACUCUCCUUGAUAAGGUUCCUACCCCUUUCCAGGCAGCCUGACCUUAGGUAUCUAAUAUGUUUGGAAAGUUCUGAGCUGUUGCUGUCGCUCUUCACUGACCCACUGCAGGACAUCAUUCCCCUGGGCACUGCUAUUCCCUCAUCUCUUGAGUUUUUAGAGUGAUUGCCUGUGUUUGUGUGCUUUGGUGCUAUGAUCUUUCCCAAUGUCUGCAGCAUGAAUGACAAACAUAUGUAACAACUCUGUCUGUCUCCUGUCUGCUCCAGCAAAGCAGACGGUGAUCCAAGCAGAGCUUGCUGGGGUGGAGGUAUCUGAGGAGGUGGGAAAUACUUGCAGGUUUUUUCUGCUGUUCUGGAUUUUUUGAGCAGCAACAGAAAUAUGGGAGAUGAAGUUCUGGACUGAGUCUCAAACAGAAGGCUAUUUCAUAUGGAAAAAUAUUUUUAUAUUACAUUUGUACAGAUUUUCCCUAUUUUGGUGUCCCCAAAUUUUUAAGGAUAUGCACAUUGCUCAAACUUGAUUUGUUUUGCAGGAUGUUUUAAAAUGUGUGUUAUGUUUGCUAAUGUAUUGCAAAUGUAAAGCUAAAUUUUGCAUGUCUAAUAAACAUGCACUGUGGCAGUAUGUGUGUUGUUUGGCUAACUUGAAGUCAUUGCUUAAUGAAUAAGAAAGGAAACUUGAGUCGUGAACGUCUCUUGAGCAUAAAUGAAUGUGUGGAGUGUGUUUAUUUUAAAAGGGCUUAACUAAGUAAUGACAAGGAGUACUUGUUGAUGACAAAGGUUGGAGUUAAAUAAAGUUCAGCUUAGUAUAUGGUGUUCUCAGGAUUCUUUUAGUGUUGUGAUCUUAAAAUAAUUAAGUUUUUUUGUCAUCUUUUGGCUAUGGGCACUCAUACUGGUGUAAAAUGGGCUUAAGACUUGGUUACUGUCAUCUGAUACUUACGUCUCUGUGAGAUGAGAGUCUGAGUCUUUGUGUAGGAAUGUAUUUACGUAUUUCUGCCGCAGUUAGUCCUUACAGUGAAUAUGAAAAUAGUUUUGAAAAAGACUGAGAACAGCUUCAAGAUUCUACGUUUAUGGACCAUUAGAAUUUCUGGGAGCUUUGUUUUACCCGUGGUAGCACUGAAGAACAGAUGGUUACAUCUCUAGGGGACCUGCUGGGAGCAUUUUAAGCUUUAGGGGCUGGCUUUAGGCAUCUCCACUUGUCAAUGUGUGUUGAUGUUUUGUUGCAAACUUUCUGCUUCCUUUCGAGCUGUUUUGCAAGUUGGAUUGUUUCAGGUGCAAAGGGAAAUGUAUUUUUCUAGAAGAAUGAAUGUAUCUGGGCUUUGUAUACUACAUAAAGCAUUUAAUGAACAUGAAAGUCUGUUCUCCUAUGAAAUAUAGUCCUAAAAUGUCUGAAAUGUGCUUCAUUUAAAAAAAAAAAGUCCUGAAUGCGCACUUCUACAUUUAAAUGAAAAAAAGUCCAAACACAAGGUGAAUGGAAUUCCGAAAUGUCUUUUCUACAGGCAAUAAGUAUUAAUUAUUUAAUGUAAGUUAUGUUAGACAUUUGGAGUAAGUGUGAUGAUAUCUUAUGUUAAUUUAAAGAAAAAUGUAUAUAAGUGGGAGGGGACUGAGAUUAGAAAGUAUUGUUGCAUAUCUCUGAAAUCCAAAUUUCUCUAGCUGAGUCCGUAUUUGCUGGCACUGAUCAUGUCCUGGCUAUUGGAGACCUGGACGAGAGUGAACAAUACACCUUUCUUUGUAAAUGGAACUUGGCAAUAAAGAUGGUGUUACUGAGAA